UAAAGCAUCACCUCACACCAUCCAUCGAUCACCGGCUGCCGGAUCAGAGAUCAGACGCAACGCAACCACUCGGUCGAUCGGUUUUUUCAUGGCGUGCAGCAAGCGGCAGCGAUCAUCAGCGAAGGGCGCGCAGCCGGCAGCCUGCGACGCUGACAUCGAGCCCGAGCUCGAGUGGCUCGACGGCACCGCCUGCUACAUAUUUCGCCUCAACCUCCCAGGGUUCAAGAAGGAAGACUUCAAGGUGCAAGUGAGCGCCGGCGGCCGGCUGACGGUCCGCGGCGAGCGUCCCGCCGGGUACGUGCAGCUCCACAAGGCGUUCCAGCUGCCCCAGACGGCCAACCUCGACGGGGUAUCCGGCCGGUUCGACGGCAGAGUGCUGUCCCUGAUCGUGCCCAAGGUGCCGGUUACCGGGACGCAGAUGGUGAUGGCGAGGAUGGCUGAGGCGAAGGCCGCGGCGGAGUGUGCGGUGGCGUGGGAGGAGGCGGCCGGCGUGAAGGGGCAGAUGGUCGCCGCGGCCAUUGCCGGCUUCGCGCUCGGCUUCUUCGUCGCGCACGGGCUCUUGACAGCCACGAAUAGCUAAGACGUCAAGUACUCGAUCUGCAUUUAUAUAUAUAUGUA